AUGCAAAUUGCGUUGCUCUCAAAGCUGGUUAUAUCAUGCCUAUUCGAGCUCGCUAUCAGCGCGGAUGAUAAUUUCUGCCAAAAUUUAUGUGACGACGUCGUUGGCUGUGUGCACUCCUACUGCAUGACGUGGAAGGUCCCGGCACCUUGUCAUGGUCUGAUUAAUCGUACAGAUGGUUCUCUAUGUUCUGCUUCUUAUGACGCCACUUGCACGGGUUCUCCCAUCACAUGCGAUUCCCCGAUCAUAUCUUCACCUGGAACUGCCUCGACUACAACUACUACCACCAAAUGCACAGUCACCACGCCGGUCGUCUCAGAGGAAGCCCUCAGUGGUACUUGGUGUUCUGGGGAUAUUCGCCGUGCUGGUGUUACCCCAAUUGAGGUGGUCAGCUUUGCUGGCGAUAAGGUCAUGUUCCUCUACGAUGGUGUUGUCUACUACAUGCAGUACUACUUUGAGGGAAAUCAGGUCUACAUCAUCGGUGAGGAUUGGAAAGUUGAGCAAGAGAUAGGGAAAACUUUCGCUAAUUUACGAUUCUCAUACUUCGUUGACAGCAUGCUGGCCGUAUGGUCCGAGGAGGUCGUCGGUGAUUUCACGAGGACUGGCGUGGACCUCGAUUGUGAUCCACUCCCCGGCGCCGAAGUAGCACCACCCAGUAUAGACGAUAUAACCAAUACACGAUGGUGCACUGCUGGAUCCCCUGAGGAACAGCAACCUGUCGAGUUGAGGUUUACUUCGAGUUAUGCUAUUCUUUACUUGCCUCUGCCCUCCCUCAUCUUGCCCGCGAAGUACGAGGUUAGAGAGAAUUCUUACAAAAUUUACCUACAUGAACUGGAUGACGGCUUUGAAGCUCUGAGUGAUCUUGGUAGCGGCGUCUUCGACAUCAUCUAUUAUGGCGAGUGGCUAUUCAUGGUGUUCCAAGAUGGUCAGGGCAGAGGGCCUCUUAGACUAGACUCAUGCUGA